GUUCGCCUCUUCAACGUUCCGGAUACAAACGCCGGCUUCAUGUAAGCUUCAUUAAUACAGCUGCACAAAAAAAAAAAAUAACUGUAAAAUACCGGCACAGAAGAAAUACAGUACCAUAUACUGUCCACCCUUGCCUUUACAACACAAUAAGCGAUGUCUUUCCAUCAGGAUCGAGGGGGUUCAAGAGGAGGAGUUCCCCCAGGUCAUCAUGGUUCCCCUCAAAGCUACCCGCCCACCAACCUGAGGCCGCCCCAGCCUCCAGCUCCCCACUACCAUUAUGAUCCCCAGGCCAGUUUAGGUUACCAUGGAAACAGUGGCUUCAUGCCCCCACAUCCUGACUUCAUGCGGUACCCUCCUCCACCACCGUCCCAGAUGCACAAUGCCCCCAACCAGUGCCCGGUGCGCCCGCCGUUCCCAAAGCCCCUCACCCAGCAAGGCUUUCCUGACCCCCCACCCAAUUUCCCACCUCCUCCUUUACCAAGUUCAUCAACUGGUCCCACUCCAGGAGCCCAGGCUUCUGCUCAGAAUUCCUAUCUACCCUACAUGAUGCCACCUGUACCCCCACCCCCAAUACCACAUCCACCCAUGCCUCCCCCCGUCGCCUCUCAGUCAUUGAGAUACCACCCUCCAUACUCCUUGAACUACCCUCGCCCUCCCCACCCUCCAUUUCCUCCUCCCACCUUCAACCCCAGCUUCACCCAGAACCCUGGUCCCUUUCAGCCAGACCACAGUGUCAGACAUGGGGGGCCAUACUCGUACGAGAAGCCCACGAGCACCAGGCGAUCUCCAGAAAAAGGCUAUCACCGCGACGACCACAAGCACAAGGGCCACGCUUUCAGCGACAGACACAAAUCGGAGUUUCCCGGAGAGAGGAAGGAGCGUGGGAGAAGUCCUGACAGGCAGGGGAGAAGUGAGGGGGGGCGCUACAAAUCUGAGCACGACAGAGGACGGACCCCUCCCAGACACCGGAGCAGGGACCGCAGCAGGGAGCGGCACCGUCACAGAGACCGUCUGAGGUCCCAGUCGCCUGAAAGACACAGGAAGAGGCCUCGAAGCCGCUCGUCAAGCAGAGACAGGAAGCGAGGUCGGUGGGAGGAGGAGAAGGAGCGCAGGUCGGAGGGCUCCUCGGGGCCGAGCAGGGCGCGCAGCCACUCCUCCAUCAGGAGCCGCGACAACGAGGAGGCGUUCGGUGACCGGCAGCGGGACAGAGAGAAGGGCGACGAGGAGAGAGACGAGGAGGAGUUCCUGAAACCUGCCUGGAUCCGCUGCACCCACGCCGAGAGCUACUUCUCCAACGACCCCAUGGACCAAGUGGGCGACUCCACAGUCGUGGGCACCAGUAAACUACGUGACCUUUAUGGGCGAUUUGAGGAGGAGCUCGGAGGGAGACAGGAGCGAGCCAAGGAGGCGCGACCCAAAUGGGAGCCGCCCAAGACCAAACUGGACGAGGAUCCAGACGACAGCAGCAGCGAGUCAGACUGCGAGUCAGACGAGGAGGGAAGCAGCUGCUCCAGCAGCUCUGACUCCGACUCCGAGGUUUUUGAUGUCAUCGCUGAGAUCAAGAGGAAGAAAGCUCAUCCUGACCGGCUGCACGAGGAGCUGUGGUACAACGACCCGGGACAGAUGAAUGAUGGUCCUCUGUGUAAGUGCAGUGCCAAGGCCAGACGUACAGGGAUCCGCCACAGCAUCUACCCAGGAGAGGAGCCUGUGAGGUCGUGUCGUCUAAUGAGCAACAAUGCAGGAAAACUGUUCCACUACAGAAUCACUGUGUCGCCUCCCACCAACUUCCUGACGGACAGGCCGACGGUGAUUGAGUAUGACGAUCAUGAGUACCUGUUUGAAGGCUUCUCCCUUUUCUCCCACACACCUCUCACCAACAUUCCAUUGUGCCGAGUGAUCCGCUUCAACAUAGAUUACACCAUUCACUUCAUAGAGGAGAUGACACCAGAGAACUACUGUGUCCGAGGGCUGGAGCUGUUCUCCUCCUACUUGUUCCAGGAUAUUCUUGAGCUGUAUGACUGGAACCUGAAAGGUCCCGAGUCCGACGACGAGCCUUCUGGAUGCCAGCAGUUCCAUUUCAUGCCUCGAUUUGUCAGAUUCUUACCUGAUGGUGGGAAGGAGGUGCUGUCAAUGCAUCAGGUGCUGCUGUACCUGCUGCGUAGCAACAAGCCUCUGGUCCCCGAGGAGGAGAUCGCAGACAUGUUACAGUGGGAACAGCUGGACUGGCAGAAGUACGCCGAGGAGUGCAAGGGCAUGAUUGUCACCAAUCCUGGCAUGAAACCCAGCUCCGUGCGAAUCGACCAACUGGACAGGGAGCAGUUCAAUCCAGACGUCAUCACCUUCCCCAUCAUCGUUCAUUUCGGCAUCCGGCCCGCUCAGCUCAGCUACGCUGGAGACCCUCAGUAUCAGAAGCUGUGGAAGAGUUAUGUGAAACUACGUCACCUGCUGGCCAACAGCCCGAAGGUCAAGCAGAUGGACAAGCAGAAGCUGACACAGAGAGAGGAAGCUCUACAGAAGAUCCGACAGAAGAACACGAUGCGCCGUGAGGUGACAGUGGAGCUCAGCAGUCAGGGCUUCUGGAAAACCGGCAUCCGUUCUGAUGUCUGUCAGCAUGCCAUGAUGCUUCCCGUCCUUACCCACCACAUCCGAUACCACCAGUGUCUGAUGCACAUGGAUAAUCUGAUUGGCUACAUCUUCAAGGACCGCUGCCUCCUUCAGCUUGCGAUGACUCACCCCAGCCACCACCUCAACUUUGGCAUGAAUCCUGAUCACGCUCGCAACUCGCUGUCCAACUGUGGUAUCCGUCAGCCGAAGUAUGGGGACAGGAAGGUCCACCACAUGUACAUGAGAAAAAAAGGAAUCAACACGUUGAUUAACAUCAUGUCUCGUUUGGGGCAGGAUGACCCUUCUCCUUCCAGGAUCAAUCACAACGAGAGACUGGAGUUCCUCGGGGAUGCUGUUGUCGAGUUCCUCACCAGUGUCCAUCUCUAUUACCUGUUUCCCAGUUUGGAGGAGGGUGGCCUGGCAACCUACAGGACCGCCAUCGUUCAGAACCAGCACUUGGCCAUGCUCGCCAAGAAACUGGAGUUGGAUCGCUUCAUGCUCUACGCUCACGGUCCCGACCUGUGCCGGGAGUCGGACCUGCGACACGCUAUGGCCAACUGCUUCGAAGCUCUCAUUGGAGCUGUGUAUUUAGAAGGUGGUUUAGAGGAGGCUCGGCAUCUCUUUGGUAGGCUUCUGUUCAACGGUGGGGAGCUGCGGGAAGUCUGGCUCAACUACCCACCACACCCCCUGCAGGUGCAGGAACCUCAAUCAGACAGGCAGCUGAUUGAAACAUCUCCAGUUCUUCAGAAACUGACCAGUUUUGAGGAGUCCAUCGGUGUUCUGUUCACACACGUGCGCCUGUUGGCCAGAGCGUUCACCUUGAGGACUGUGGGCUUCAACCAUCUUACUCUGGGUCACAAUCAGAGGAUGGAGUUCCUGGGAGACUCUAUCAUGCAGCUUGUUGCCACCGAAUAUCUAUUCAUCCACUUCCCUGACCACCAUGAAGGACACUUAACACUUCUACGCAGCUCGUUGGUGAACAAUCGAACCCAAGCCAAAGUGGCAGAGGAGUUGGGGAUGCAGGAAUUUGCCAUAACCAAUGACAAAACCAAAAGGCCUGUUGCGCUGCGGACCAAGACUCUGGCUGACUUGUUGGAGUCUUUCAUCGCCGCUCUCUACAUUGACAAAGACCUGGAGUACGUUCACACCUUCAUGAACGUCUGCUUUUUUCCUCGGCUGAAGGAGUUCAUUUUGAACCAGGACUGGAAUGACCCCAAAUCUCAGCUGCAGCAGUGCUGUCUGACCCUGAGAACUGAGGGCAAGGAGCCCGAUAUCCCGCUGUACAAGACAUUGCAAACGGUGGGGCCCUCGCACGCUCGCACGUACACGGUGGCUGUAUAUUUCAAAGGGGAGCGAAUUGGCUGUGGCAAAGGCCCAAGCAUUCAGCAAGCAGAAAUGGGAGCUGCGAUGGAUGCCCUUGAAAAAUAUAACUUCCCACAGAUGGCUCAUCAGAAGCGCUUCAUCGAGCGGAAAUACAGGCAGGAGCUGAAGGAGAUGAGACGGGAGCGCGAGCGGCAGGAGAAGGACACCGACGAGGUGGAGGAGGGCAGGAAGUGACGGCACCUGGACCCACCGGGAGCGGCUAGUUGCAGAAGCUCAGGCAAAGAAGAGCCGCGACAGACUGACAGGGAGGUGGAGAUGGAGAUGGAUUAAAAUUAAAUGUUGCCUUUUUCACACAAGUUUGAGAUGAGGAUCAAUGACCAGUAUGGAACAAAACAGUCAGAUAACAGAAAGAGUUGUUGGUGCAGUUGUUGUUUUUACUUUGUAAUAGUGACAAAUGGCUGAUAAUAAAUCUAGAGGACGUCACAGUGCUACAAAAUCACAAAAAGGCACUUUUUUUUUUUAAAUAAG